UUGGUCAGAGGCUUUAAGAGAAGACUGGUUCUUCUGGUGGGUUAGAUAGUUAUACAUGGCCAGUUAGUUAUUACAGCUGAACAAGGAUUUAUGAGCUGACGAGUUUAGAAUUUUGUAGUGGCUAUGGCUCAGGCACGUGUAACGGAUUAUUUUGCACAAAGUAAGAGAGGUGGAAUUGAUAGAGCAGUGAGAGCAAAGGGACAAAAGGCGGCUGCAGGCGGUCGUAUUGUGCUCGAUGUGGACGUCGCGACGACAAGAUCAACUCGACAAACCAACAGAACUUCAGGACGAUCAAAAGUUACCAGAUCUACUUCUAGCUGCGUUCAAGAAGAAUUUCUACGGGUUAUUAACGAAGCCGUGUCAACAAAAAAUGAGGGGCGAUCAAAAGAAAUGCGAUCCACUGAGGAGGGUAAACUGGAUAAACAUCUGACUAGCCCCGAGUCUCCAAAAAGGACUUCAUCUGAGGCCGAGUUUGAUCUCGGUUCGGCCGUGUUCUCCUCUACGGCAGAACACAGUAGUGCGAAAAAGCGUCUUCGUGUCAGCCCUUCAGAAGUCAAACCCGUUGUCGAAAAAACCCAAGUUAGAACCGGUAAACGAACAGCUAGAAAGAGGCUGAUUCUUUUGAAAGACGGGGAUCAAGAAAAGGCACCCGAUUCUGUGAAAGAGCCCUCCCCACAGUCACCCACUCCAGAUGGUGUGGAUAAACAAUCGAAGAAUAUUGUGAACCAGACAUCCAUCUCUUCUGCCAGUGGUCAGAGCCCCCCAAAAACACAAGGAGCAAGAAACCAUUGUCUACAGAUGAUGUGGCGGCACUCAAAUCCCGUCUCCAGAAGCUCAAUGGACGGGCUCAAAGCACGGUCACACCUUCCCCUGCCCCCGUGUCUACCCUUGCAGAGCUUAAAGCCAGACUUGAUCGUGCCCGGGAGCUCACAGCCAAAGUACAGCAGCAAAAAGAGAAGCGUGAAGCAGAGGCAAGACCAGCUGAGGUUGAAGCACAGCCAGAAUCAGAGGGAGAGAAGACCCCAGCAUACCAGCGCUACCACACUCUCGCCCAAGACGUACCCCCCGGACUUAGUCUGCCGUACAAGUACAAAUUCCUGGCAGAGAUAUUCCGCAGCAUGGAUACCAUCGUGAGCAUGCUCUUCAACCGCACAGAAACGGUCACCUUUGCCAAAGUCAAGCAGGGGGUCCAGGAUAUGAUGCACAAGAGGUUUGAAGAGAGCCAUCUUGGACAGAUCAAGACUGUGUUCCCCACUGCCUAUGAAUACCGCCAGGAGAGAAACAUCCCAACCUUCAGCAACGCGGUGAAGAAGGCCAGUUACCAGCUCACCAUGGAGCCAGUCAUUGAAGAAGGACGGAAUUGUACUCAACCUGUCCUGUCAGCCUCAAGUCUGCUGGAUAGAAGGAGGACAUUCCACCUUAACCUUGUCAACAUAGUCAAAGAACAUCACAAGAGGUUCUUGGAGUCUCUGAACCCCCCAAUUGUGGUCACUGAUGACCUGUUGACUCGCUGGCACCCCAGAUUCAAAGUGGACGAGGUUCCCAGCGUCCAGCCCAGCGACUUGCCCCAGCCUCCACAGACAGAUAAGAUGACCACUGCGCAGGAAGUGCUGGACAAAGCACGCUCCCUCAUGACCCCCAAGAUGGAGAAAGCCCUGGCUAACAUGGCUCUGAGAACGGCAGAGGCUGCAUGUGCCAAGGAAGAGGAGCCUCCCACUCCUAAAGAAGCUGCAUCUCCUGCUGCAACACCCAGUGCCCUCAAAGGAGUGUCCCAGUCUUUGCUGGAGAGGGUUCGAGCAAAGGAGGCCCAGAAGCUCCAAGCAGCCAUGACCCGAAACCCACAGCAGGAGAAGCGCCUGGCCAUGAUGUCCAACCUUGGGGAGAUGGCCAGUAUCUUGCGCAAUGUGUUUGUAGCAGAAAAGAAGCCGGCACUCAUCAUGGAGAUGGCCUGCAACAGAAUGAUUGCCAGCUAUCGGUCGCCGUUGAGCCAGGGCGAGAUGGAGAAACACCUUCGGCUGCUCGCAGAGCUGACACCAGAUUGGCUGACCAUCCACCCUGUCAGAAAGGACUUUUAUGUUAAGUUGAACAAGACCAUGGAUCUGAGUGUUGUGCAGGGCAAACUUAGCCAGAAGAUGAAGGAGGAGGAACGGAAAUGAGCCCUGCAUUGUUAUUUGAGACUUAACCAGUUCAUCGAGGUGCAAUCACGUUGGAUGGGAUAUUUUUUUUUUUUUUAAGAACUACUCCUGUUUGUUUUAGAACUGUUCACCAGUUAGUCAGACUGCGUUGUAGUGUCAUAUGGUUGACCUUUGAAGUGGUGUUAUUUUAAAACACCAUUUCUCUGUAGUUGAUACUACUUAAUCGCCACAUUUUUAAUAAAAGCUUUUCCUGAUUUA